GACAGUCAUCAAUAGAAACCAUUGAAUAAGUUGAUUGAUAAAUGUAUAAAGCUGUUAAUUGACAGAGUACUGUUAGUAAUUAACAGUUUGUACAACACUUUUAACUCACAGUGAAACACUGACACAGUGUAUUUAGAGUUGUUGGUAACAGUAUAUAUUUUUAGAAUUGGAAUAAAUUGUUAUUCUGAAACUGGAUUUUUAAUGUGUGGUUCAUUGGAUAGAGAGAUUACUUCAUUUGCUAAUUGAAAAGAAGCUUUGUAAAAAUUUCCACAUUUGUUCACAGAGAUAUUGUAGAUUAAGAUUCUGGACACCAAAUUUUAGUGAAUAAAUGUCAUCUCUAUUAGAAGAUUAUUGCUAGUAUUAUAAUGAUGAAUGAUAUCGCAACAGAACUUUUCUUAGAAACUGAUCGUGCCAGUCAAUUAGUUUUACCAAUUCUACAAUCUGAAUCUCUAGCUGACAACAUGGAUCUUUUAGCUGUGGUUCAACAAUUGGUAAAACAAGUGUCAACUAUUACUGCUAAACUGGAAAAAGUAGACAGAGUUACUGUUCUUGAACAACGAAUGAAUGAACUAGAAUGCAGUAUGCAGACAGUAAAUGCGGAUAUGCAUGUCCUACGGAACCAAAUGGAUAAUAUUCAUGAACAUACCAUUGAUUUAGCAAACAAUGUUUCCAAAAAUGCCACAAAGACAGAAAGAAUUAUUUCAGUUUUGCAAAAGCAGGACAGACUUUUGAAUUUAAUUGGUGAUAAAAUGACAGUUCUUAGUGCCGAUUACAAGGAUGUUAACCACAAACUAUUGAAACAGAAAUAUCAGGAAUUAAAAAAGCAAUUAAUCUUCGUUAAUAUUUUUGACAAAAACUAUAUUCAUAAUAAUUCAACAGAUUAUGAAAAUGCUUUGAGAAAUUUUCUACAAACUGAUUUGAAGAUUAAUUCAAACAUACUUUCGCGGAUGUUAAUUGAUAGUAUAAAAAGAAUUGAUGAUAAUGAGGGCAGUGAGUCGAUUCUUGUUGUGGAGUUUGUUACGACUAAAGACAGAGAAAUGAUACGCCGUAAAGCCAAAAAGAAAAAGAUGAUGUCUGACGUGAAUUAUUAUGUUCAUGGAAUGCCAGAAUCCUGGGCCAAAUUAUUACAGAACUCCACCAUUACUAAGUCAGAACAGAAGAAAAAUCCACAAGCUGUUUUAGAUGUUCUCAAUUACUAUGAUUCUUCGUCAAAAGAAAAACGAGAAUCAAAAUACAUGCUCAAUAGCAAAGCCUCUAUAUUUUCUGCAGGUGGAAAUUCUCUUAAAUCCAAUACGUCUGAUAACAAUAUACCAGCUGGAAUUCUAACAUCUACGUCAAAGUCAGAAAAUUUAUCAAAUGCAGCAGAAAAUAAUGGAGAGCUAGAUGACGAAGCCCCACCCCCACCUAUAGCAACACGCCCUGAUCGGACCAAAUCUAUAUAUACAAAACCAAUAGAAGAAGAUAAACCUAAUGAAACAAGUCAUGAUAAUAAAACAGAAAAACCUAAGAAAAAGAAGAUGACGGAUGAUGAAAUCAUGGAGAAAUUACGUAGUAUUGUUACAAUCGGGGACCCAAAUAGAAAAUACACCAAGAUGGAAAAAAUUGGUCAAGGAGCUUCAGGAACUGUAUAUAUUGCUAUUGAAGUAGCUACUGGAAGAGAAGUAGCUAUAAAAACUAUGAAUCUGUCUCAACAACCUAAGAAGGAACUUAUUAUCAAUGAAAUCCUAGUCAUGAGAGAAAAUCAAAACCCUAAUAUAGUGAAUUAUUUGGAUAGUUAUCUUGUUGGAGAAGAAUUAUGGGUCGUGAUGGAAUUUUUAGCUGGUGGUUCGUUAACUGAUGUUGUAACCGAAACUUGUAUGGAUGAAGGUCAAAUAUCAGCUGUCUGUAGAGAGUGUUUACAAGCAUUAGAAUUUUUACAUGAAAAUCAAGUUAUACAUAGAGAUAUAAAAAGUGACAAUAUUUUACUGGGUAUGGAUGGUAGCGUUAAAUUAACUGAUUUUGGUUUCUGUGCUCAGUUAUCACCAGAACAAAGUAAAAGAUCUACUAUGGUCGGAACACCAUAUUGGAUGGCACCAGAAGUUGUCACAAGAAAACAAUAUGGUCCUAAAGUAGAUAUUUGGAGUUUAGGUAUUAUGGCAAUAGAAAUGAUAGAAGGGGAACCUCCAUAUUUGAAUGAAAACCCACUCAGGGCUUUAUAUCUGAUAGCUACUAAUGGUAAGCCAGACAUUAAAGAAAAACAGAAACUGUCUCCUGUCUUCCAAGAUUUUCUUGAUAAAUGUCUGGAUGUUGAUGUAGAGAAGAGAGCAUCAGCCUCCGAACUAUUGAAGCAUCCAUUUUUACGACUUGCCAAGCCAUUAGCUAGUUUGGUUCCGUUGAUCUUAGCUGCUAAAGAAGCGCAAAAAGGUCACUGAAGGUCACAAAAUAAUUUGAUAAUUGUUAAAAAGACUAAUCAUGUACAAGAAUGAGAGAGUCUGAAAAAGUUGUGAAAGAUCAUGAUUCAUAGUAACAUGAUUCACAGUAUAGAUUAACAUUAGAUCAUGGCUUAAAAUCAUGGCAGAACCAAGGAUGGAACCAACGUGCUUACAUAAUCAAACUUAUAUUAUUUAAUUUAUAGAAUGACUGAUGGUUUACUGUGUUAUUGUGCGUGUACAUAAGCUGUCUUGACAAUAUAUUGCUGUUUUAGGCCUGAAAAUAAGUAGAGUUCAGAGAUCAUCCCUUAACACAAAUGUGCAUUUUCGAACAAGAUCAUUUAUCUUUAAGGGAUUGAUUUCAGACCAAUAUUUUCAGGCCUGUAUUUUGAUCUUCAGGCAUCUGAUUAAAUAUAUGCCAAAAUUGUUUGUACCAGGUGUUUUAGCCUCUGCUUGUACUGUAUCUAUAAGCUUCCAGAGUGAUAAUAAUAGUUCAUUUACUGUAGUACAAUUAUCGUCUUUUAAUCUAUUGUAUAGCUUUCCUAAUUUAAAUAUCAUAGACAUUGGAAGACAUAACAUAUAUAUAUAGGCACUGACCAUUUCCACAAUUCCAGGAAUCUACUUACUCAACUUUUUAAGUCCCUAGAAAUUCUUGACAAGACUAUAAUGAAUGUUGAUAGUUACAGCCUCAGGUCCUUACAAGAUUUAAAAUAAUUUGGGAAAAAGGGUCUUACUUGUGUUUAAAAUGAUUUUGGUAUUUAUUCAAAAUAAUAUUGUAAAUAUUGAAGUUGUAAAUUAAUGUUUACUUGCAUUGAUACAAAUUACAUAAUAGAUCCCUCAAUACUACAGAGAUAUUGUAUAGUAGUCUCUGUCUUUGUUUUUCUAAGUUUAAUUAAUACUAUAAAUAGACAUUGUAUGUUUGUAUUGUAUUAAACCAUGGGGGUAUUAUUUUAUCAUAACUAUAAUUUAAAGAUACAGUUCCUUUAUACUUUAUUCAUUAUCUAACCCAACGGAUAAUUAACAAAUAAAUUUUUCGACCCAAAACAUUACUAGAUGAACUGUAAUCAUAAAGGAAAAAUGCUGAGCACAUAAGUGUAUUCACUCAAUGCCACAUCUUUUCAGAGUUAUUCUAGGACAAGCACAUAGCUUACAUUAAAAGCAGUUUCCUGGAUGGUCUCACUGCCAGCAUCUUAAUUUGUCAGAGAAAAUUUAAAGUUCUGCAUUCUUGAAACUACUCUGAUGCUAGAUAAUGAAUAAAAUAGAAAGAAUCUGCAAUAGCAUGAAUACUUCUUUAAAGAAUUAGAUGGUAACAAAUGCUGCUUCUUUAUAUCAUAGUUUUACUAUGAACCAAUUAGGGUCUUUUUCUCUCUUUUUUGGAAUCACCUCCAAUAUGAAUUAAACAAUGAAAAUUCCUACGGUACUUAAAAUCAAAUUUUUGAAAAAUAUUAUUAUUCAAUCAAAAAAAUGUGUAAACGUCGAAAAGUUUUUUUUUUUUUGUGUAUUUUUAAAAUGUAAUGUGUGUUUGAUCAAAUCUUACAUUUUUAUGUAUGUGUCGUUAAUAACAUAAGCUUAAUAUACAAGUGCUUAAAUGUGUGUACAAUGUUAUAAAGAUCAUCAAGUGUAUAUCCAUUGUUGUGUACAUCUUCAUCUAUUCAUAUUUAAUAAUUCAUAGUGCUAUGUCUUGUUCUAUUGUGUAUACUGUCUUUAUAUAUUUAUUAACAGAAUGAUUGACAGGUAUAUUAUGUUACAAUUAUGUUUCAAAACAUGUCUUUGAUUAAGUACGGUCACAUUCUACAUCCACUAGGCUAAAAUAACAAAUACAAUAGGAAUUUUUGGUCAGGUACACCUAUAUGGUGAUUUUUCAUUUCAAAUUUUCACUCCAAUACAAUACAUGAUUCUCAAUGAAAGAUUAGCUGAUCAUGUAUAGAACAUUAGCCAUGUAGAUUGUAGUCGUACUGUAUAUUAUGUAUUCAAGGGUUUGUGCAGUAAAAUUAGGAUUUGAUUGAUGAUUAUCCUUAAUAAAUAUUGAUUGAUGAAAUAUGAACAUGAAAUAUGAUUUAAACCCCAUAUUUAUAUUUGUGGUAUGUAGCGGAUUCUGAAUGUAUAUAAACAUGUUUUAGCUGUUUAUUACAUUGUUGAAUCUAUAGUGUUGAAAUAUAAUAUCAAUAAUAAUAAUUAGUUCAAUCUCAUUCAAAUCAGAUGUCAAUUACAUGUACAUUUCAUUUUUGGUCUGGUACUACACUGAUAUCUGACACAUUUUCUUUAGAGAUUUGCUCAGAUCACAUGAUCUUACUAACUAAACAAAUGUCUUUAAUCGAUUUGCCCAAUUAUGAUUAGUAAGAUUUUGAUUUGCAUGGCAUUGAACUUUUUAAUAUUGUAAGGGAUUGAAAUGUUUGUAUAUAAGAUACUUAUUAAAGUAUUAGAAACUAAUACAUCUGUAUCAGUCCAUCAGAAUGCAAGAUUUAUCCAAAAAAUAUUUUACAUAUAUUUAUUAUCUAGAGAUUUGUAGAAUUAAAUUUAACCACAACUAUAGGGUGUUAAAACUUUAUUUGCAUUACAGUAUUCAACCUAAUCAGCACACAUACUCUUUAAUUCACAAUUUGAACUAUUUCAACAGCAUGUGAAAAAAUCUCGCUAAAUGGGCCCCCAAAAAUCGAAACAUAACUAGGCUUAGAAUUUAAGUUGGUAUGCACCAUCACAUUAACAAUAAAGUUAUUUUUGAAAACAAAUAUACUGAAAACUUAAAAUUGGUAAUAAACCAAUAUAGUUACAGGUCUAGCUAUUCUCGUAGGGUUUCUUCCCACGUCUUGAAAUCAGAUUGUACCAUAAAUGAGUGCCCAAAUUACCUAAUUUGUGUCCGGGGGGGGGGGGGGGGGGGGUUGGAUGGCUGAAUGGUUAGCAUGUGCGCGCUGUAUCAUAAAGCCUGUCAUUGAGUCUACUGGCGUGGUUUCGAAUCCCCGGUUGUACGUGACAAGGAGUAGGGUCGCCUGUCCAACCUCGUGGGUUUCCUCCGGUUUCCUCCCACUGCUAAAGACCCCUACACGCAAGUGAAUUAUUGAAAUAAAGUUAAACCAUAUGUUAAUCUCUCCAAAUUUGUAUCAAGUGGAUGUUAAAUGCCAUUUCUCUGUCUUUAUUGUUUUGUAAGUAUCUGAAAUAAGUUACCUGCAACAUGUCUCAUUAAGCUGGAACUGGUCACAAAUGUUACUUUUGCACUUGGCAUUAGGCCUCUGGGCUCCAUAUUAUUGACCAACUGUUCAUGUAUUCUAUUGACAAUUGUCCUUGACAAUCACAAACGCUCAUAUGGUUGAAUACAGUAUAUCAUCUAUCAUAUCAUAUCACAUUUGGGGCCUUUUUUAAGCUUUUUAAAUUUUUUCUAAAUGAAUUUUUCCCUCAUGUUUUGAUUUUUUCUUUUACUCAUUGUCAUUGUGCUCAAUAAGUAAUUUUAAAAUAGGUUUCAUUGAAUGUCCUACUGUGUAGAUCAUAGAAUGAUAUCUAUUUAAAUAAUUAAUUAGUAAUUAAUGUUAUUUUAUAGCAUACCAAUUUUUUAUUUGUAUAGAUGAAUUGUAUUGUAUAGAAGCGAGUUCAAUUUUCAUUUUGUACAUAAUUGUAUGUAGAGUGAUAUUAUUGGAACAUUUUGUUUUUUUAUUAGUAUUGUGUCGACUACUAUUAUAUAUGUUAUUAUUACUGCUUAUCAAGAAUUUAAAUAUGCAACUAAAAACUUCCAAGAAA